AUGGCAAAGUGUUGCAUUUCAGGGGAAAAGUUCGUCAAUUUUGUGUUCAGUCCAUGUAUUGGGUUACUCGUGAGCGCUGAUGUAAAUGAGUUAUGCCUGAAAGAUAACUUGACAUUUGAAGAGUUAUUGAGACCAUUUAGCCAAUUGUCUAGAGAUGGUUUGUCUAAUGCUUUUAUUUCUCUAAAGUCUUCAGUAACGUUUAGGGACAGCAGUAAUGUUGUUCAUACUGUAAGGAAUUUACAGCUGAAGUUUUUUGAUGCCACUUCCACUCCGGCACAUAAUCGUGCUACUCAUUCUCUCUAUCAAUAUUUCGUCAGUGUUUGUUCUACGGAUAACACAAUCCGAUCUCAGAGAUUUUCUAACGGAAACCGGUCGGUGAUAGUUCCAACAUCUCUCCCAUGGUUUGAAGCAUGGAGGUACCUGUUCAUUACAAAUCUACGGUCACCAUACGAACAUGAGUUCCUCAACCACAAUCUGGCGUGUAUAUUUGUUAUAACAACUGGACAUCCGGAUCCAAUUCGUGGUUUCACUGAAUUGACUCAAAAUCAAUCCAUUCAACAACAUCAUUCAGGAAGUGGUUUUCCAUUCUGGUUUACAGAAAAUGUACUAAAAUUUUAUGUCUUGUUACACGAUGGUUCAUCAAAUAUUGGUCAAAGUUGUGUUGAUGGAAUAUUCAAUCAGGUGAAAACAACUUUUGGUGCAGGAAAUUGUCAUCUGUUGACAAUUUUUACACCAUUAGAAAACACUAAAAUACCAUCAUCAACAACAUUAUCGAGUAGUAAUAGUAAUACAAAUCUAUCAAAUAAUUUAUGCAGUAGUCAAAUCAAUGGACUGACAAGUCAAGUGAGUCACACACUACAGCCAGGUAAUGAACCACAAUCUGAUCCGUGGUUAAAUCAUCUGCUACCGCAUGGUUAUAGACCACAGUUGGAUCAAAAACUCUGGUUAGCUAAUAAUGAUCAUGAAGGAGGUAUGAUGACGAUGACAACAAUUAACCCGUCUCCUCCAACAUGUCAAUUAGUGAAUAGUAAUAUCAGUUUAAACAGUGAUCCAUUAAAUACUGCUCAAAGUGAAGUAGAAGAAAGUCAAACACUGGGACAAAAUAAAAUUUCACCAUACGGUACAACUUAUUUAUCAUCUGAAAAUGUCGCCUUCCAAUUGUACACAUUCCUGCCUCCACGGUAUUAUCAACCACAUGGUCAACACUUAACACAAGCUGAUCGAGAUCGUAUACGUAUGUUUGUUUAUGACUUUAGUGUUCGAGCCCUUUUACCCUGGGUAGAGAAAACAAUGCGUAAUCUUAACGACCAGAUUGCACAUCGAAUGCGUCUUUCACGUUCAUUUUUCAGUGCCACAAAAAAGUUCUUCACUCAAGCAGUUGGUGGCGGUGGGGGUGGUGGUGCAGGUGGCACCAGUAGCACUGUGAUUAAUAAUACGCCUAUUGCUACGAAUACUUCUUCGUUGACAACCUCAAAAAUCUAUUCUAAUCCAUCGCCAACUGAUAUGUCGAUCAGUUAUACAAGUCAUCCUACAGACAUAUCUAAUCCAAUAACUGUCAAUGGUCCUAAGCUAGAGUUAUCGUCACCAGGAACAACACCAUUGCCUUCCCAGGCAACAGCAGCAGUCAGUAGUAGUUCAACAGUUGUUUACAGUCCAGAUUCUCCAGAAGCACAAAUGCGUCGUUUAGCUGAUUUAGCCUUUUUAUUUCAACAAUAUGAAGUUGCCUAUCAAACGUAUAAUGUAUUAAAACGUGACUUUCAAAAUGAUUCCGCUUGGUUGCACUAUGCUGGUGCUCAGGAAAUGUCAGCCUUGUCUAUUUAUCUACAAGGCAGCACAAGCCAACGUCAAUAUCCAUUUCAUUUGAUGGAUUCAGCGGUUACCACUUAUCUUCAAUCUCAUUUAUAUCCAGAGCUCGCUUUGCGGUCGACAUUGUUGAAUUUUGAAGCAUUGUGUAGUCGAGGUUUAUACAAUGAAGCUGCAAUGGCACUGAUUAGACUGACAUCAGAUGAGGAUGAUCUUGUCAGUGGUCUGCUAAUUGAACAAAUUGCUCAUUGUGUUCUCUGUUUGAAGCGUCCAAUGUUAAGGAAAUUUGCAUUUCGUAUGGCAUUAGCAGCACAUCGAUACAGCCGUGCUAAACAGCCCCAUUUAGCUAUACGUAGUUAUAAAUCAGCUAUGCCUAUUGUAAUGGGUCAUGGAUGGAGUUUACUGGAGGACCAUAUUAAUUUCAAUGUUGGUAGACAAGCUUACCUUAUUGAUGAUUUGAUUGGAUCUACUAAAGCUCUAGCUGAAACAUUGAAUGCUUCUAGUCGACAGUCUGCGGAACGUCAGCUGUUCUUUGUUAAAGAAUAUUUAACAGUAUUGACCAAGGUAUUAUCCACCGGUGGAUACUCUGAAAAUCAUCUUUCAAUAGAACAAAAAGCUUUACCGGAAUUCCCUUUGCCUAUUAUUGAUCUGCAUAAUUUUAAAGUGAUGAUUGGAAAACCAUCACAACACCAUCAACAACAAGCUGAUAAUAAGCAUGUUCAAAGAGAAUCAUAUCCUGAUUUAUAUAUUGAGGCUCGUGGUAUACAGUUUUCUGAUGCAGAAGAUGAAGACAAUGAGGACGAUGGCGAAGGAGGAGGAGGAGAAGAAGGUCUCAGUAUAGAUGAAGGAUUAUUAGACUCUACUGAAUUACAAUUUCAACAAUUCACUAAUCAAUAUCAUAAAUGGAUGGAGGCAACUGAUGUUAGCAGUAGCGAUGAAAGUUCACUGGAUGACGAUAACGAUGAAGACCCAGAAAAUAGCAACAAAUCUUGUAAUCCUUUUCAAAAUAAUAAUAAUAAUAAUGAGGAUGAUUUAAAUUAUACUGUAACACGUAGAAAAGUUAUAUCACCACAAACUAUGAUUUCUCGUAGGUUGGAGUAUAUUCUAUUGCAGUCAGCCUGUCAUUCUAAAAUAUGUGGAUUACCAUUUAAACGGGAUAAAAUUAUCUUCACAUCGAAGUCCAGAUUGAAAAAAACACCAUCAGUUCCUGUUGGAGAACAUUUAACUGUACAGAUGACACUUAUUAAUCCUAUGCGUAUUCCAUUGGUCUUUACCAAUGUACACUUAUUAUGGGUAUUCACAUUGGGGAGUAAUUCACCUAUAACAACAACAACAACAGCAACGCCACCGCCAACAUCAUAUUCAACUGACGGUACUGUUGAUAAAUCUAUUCUACAAAAUCAACAUUCCAAUUCUACUACAGAUAAAUUAAUCAGUAUAACAAAUGAAAUCGUUAAUCAUUCCAAUCAGUAUUAUCAUCAACAGAUACAACAACAAUUACAAUUAGUUAGUCAGUAUGUUUCUAGUCAAAUUCUUAAUGAAUUUAUUAUGCUGCCUGGUGAAAGAAAAAAUCUUCAGCUGAGUUUGGUUGCUAAACAAAUGGGUCAAAUCACUAUAACUGGUCUUGGAUUUGAAUGGAGUUAUUUAUCACCUCAUCAAAGUAAUUCAGACAGUAAUCAACAACAGCAACACUCACAAUUGAAUCAUGUUGUCAGUUUAUCAUCACAAAAUGGAUCAAUACCUAAUUCGUAUUCUCCAACUAAUCAAGUAGCAUACAAUUCACCUUUACAGAACAAUUUAUCUAUAGAUAAAAGUUUGACAAAGGCAAAUACUGUCUCUGAGACAAUGAUGAUGAUGACGAAUUAUACUAAUUCUACACUGCCAUUACAGUCCAAUCAAUCCAGUAAUAUGCUUACUAAAAAUCUCUCUAAUACUACUACUACUAUUACUCCUACUGCGGCUGCUACGCCUACUGGUGAACGUAAUUCUGUUAAAGGGAAAAUUUUAUUUAACAAGAAGCAAGUUGAUAAUAAAAAUAGAUCUCCAAUUAAACUGCCAUUGAAUUGGUCAGUAACACAUCCAGCUCCUGCAUUAAGAGUAUUUUUCAGCUCAUUUCCGAAUCAACUCUACGAAGGUGAAAUCUGUUGUAUUCAAAUAUCAUUAACAAAUAGUGGCUUAAUACCAUUGACAAAUUUACGUGUUGCAUCAAUUUGGCCAGGUUUAUUUGCAUUCGGGUCAAUAACUCCAACAACAACAACAACAAAAGUCUUUGAUGGUUCCAAUGAGCCUGUUCAAUACUUUUCAGUUCAACCUCUAAAACCUUGGAUUGACAUUCCAUGCAAUAGCUCCACUUUGAGCAGUAAAACUGACAACCCGCCGCUUCUUCUGAUGCCGGGUACAACUAUUUCACAAACAUUAUGGUUACGUGGUCCACACUUAACAUAUCCAUCUUCGCGUAGAGCGCAUAAAGAGUCACUAGCAUAUCGUCCUACUACUGCUGCUGCUACUACUACUGCUGUCUACGGAUCAUCCUCAAUAAAAUCAAUUGGCUCUUCUAACACCAGUGUUAGCAGUGGUUAUAGUUCAGUUAGUGGCGUCAGUGGUUCUGCAAAUACUUCUGUAUCUGCUAGUCCACCACCGCCAGCUCCACUGCUACCUCCUCCUCCUCCUCUUGCGAGUACUAGUGUUAUGCUUGUACCGCAUACACAGUAUAAAACUGUACAAGUAGUCUUCCAAUAUGAAUCUUCUAAUAGACUAUUGACAAAUCAAUCUCAACCAAUAGAACAGUCAAAACAGUUGAUUCCUGGCUGUCGUUAUGUUCGUCACCGUUGUGAAAUGGAAUUGAAACCCUCAUUACAUUUUCAAGCGAUAGCGAACUGUUUAAAUUCAACCGAUAUCAAUAAUCUCUUGAUUACUGUACAAAUUACAAAUGUUGUCAAUUCAGCUGUGCCUGUAACCUUCCAAAUAAUGCAAAUUUUAUGCAUUAGUCGUUACUGGACUAUAAAACCGAUCGAAGCUGACGCUAAUAUUGGCAUUACUCCUCGCCUACAAACAGGAGAGGUUAUAUCUCUACAUUUUAAGGCCACUCCAGUGAAAAUUGAUUCCACAUAUGCAAAUGGAAAAGAAAAGCAAGAGCAACAUGGCAGCAAUGAUUCAUUGAGGAAAUAUCUAUCCCAUAUUCAUUUCAACCAUGAUUUUAAUCAAUCGAACAGUGUGCAACAACAAAAUGGGGCAUUUCUUCCACAAACUACUCACGAUUUGCAAAAUUCAGUGGUGUCACCACAAUCCCAGGCAAUAUUACCACAUCAGUUGGAGUUCUUCUGUCGGUCUGGUAUAAAUUGGUGUACCUCAUCUAUUAAAUCAAAUGUAUCGGAUCUGAAUACAGAUUAUUGUAUAUCACCUUUGGAUAUCAAUCUGAUUAUAACAUGGAAGGGUUUGUCAGAUAUUACACCGAAUAGUAUUCACCAUCAACAAACUAUUUAUGGGCAAAGUCAUCUACGAAUUAAUCGAUUGAAUAUUCCUGUGCAAACACCAUAUCGACUCAACAAAAAUAAUGAUAAUCUAAUGAGUGAAAAAGUGAAUAACAGAAAAUAUCGAAAGACGAAGAGACGAGUACGCAAGAUGAAACAUCACCCAAAGAAAGAACAAGCAGGAGAAGAAAAGCAGGAAUUGGAGGAGCCCGAGUUUACAGAAUCUGAUCUAUCUAAUUUAGUUCAAUUUCGACUUGACUAUCCAAGACGUGUAUGUUUUGUAAACACAAAUGAUAACAUUCCUGAUGGCAGGCAUCAUAAUCUUCAUCAGAAUAUCAGUGACAUGAAUGAUAUACUAUCUCCUAUAGACCUGAAUUCUCACCCGUCGCCUCUAAUCCUUGAUGGUGAUCAAAAUCGUCUAUCGUGUAGACAGAUUAAGAGGCCUUUAACUGUUAUCUGUGUACAAGCUGAAGUAUAUAACUCCUCGAAAUGGCCAAUUAUUGUACAGUUGGAUAUGAAUAGAAAAGUGGAUAAUAAGUGUGAAUCAGUGUCCACGAGGUCUCAAUUGCCUACAUCGUCAUCGCUACAGCAUCAACAAAUUAAUCCUUUUAGGGUAUAUUCUUCUUCGUGUUCACCUCCACAUAUGGCUACAGAUAUUCGUGAAAAAUCCUCAGUCUCAUCACUUAUAUGGAUUGGUUUAACUAAACAUGAAUUCCAUCUUCAACCAUAUGAAACGAAGUUGUUAACACUAAAGGCAUUAGCACCACAUCCUGGAGUUUACAAUGCAUGCACAUUUACUGUGAAAGCAGCAGCCCUUUCGCCGCUAACCUGUGAUUCUCAUUCCACUAGAAACGAGAAAAAACAACAACAUUUAUUUAUUCCACAGAAUAUUUUUCCAUUGACUUCUAGUAAAAAUCAUGAUAUGUUGUACUUGAUCAUUGUAGAAUAA